CUCAGGCGGCUGCCUGCCCAGCCUCGCUCCCUACGGCCCCGGGGAGGGGGGUGUCUGCGCGCUGCCCCCGCCCCGGGUGCUACCUCUGGGCACCCCCAGCAAUGAUACAAACCUGCCACCCGGGUGGAGCUACAUUGCUCAGGCUUCGGCUUCCGCGCCCUGGGCCCCAGCGAGUCCGGUGCUGGGGGACCCCUGGGCCCUGCUCGCUGGGGGCAGUUACCGGGCUGCACCUGUGCUGGGCGUUACUGCGGCAGCUCAGGGCCGCUUCCCCCGCCCGGCCCGGCCCGGCCCGGCCCCGGCCAUGAGCCUGCAGGCCCCACCCCGCCUCCCGCCAGCCCGUCUCCGCGGCUGCAGCGCCCGCGUGGGGUCCGGGGAGCGCCCGCCGGGGGGAGCCUGGGGCCUGGCUGAGCCUCCUGCAAUGACGGACGACGCCGUGAAGCUGCUGCUGCGCCGCUUUUACACCCUGCAGGGGGAGCGGGUGGAAGCCUAUCGGCUCUUUGAGGAGGGCCACCGGGCGUAUCUGAGCAGCGGGCCGCACUACGACUUCCUCCGCUACCGGCAGCUGGUCCAUGAGAUCACGCUGGCCUUCAGCGGCAUCUCCCGGGAGAUCCUGCAGCUCAAGGAGCAGCUCCAGGUGGAGCACGGGCGGCUGGAGCUCGCCCAGCACCUGUCCAGGGUCCAGCAGAAGGAGAAGGAAAAGCUAGAGCUGACGGCCCAGCUGCAGCUCGCCAGGCAGAACGCACAGGACCAGCCCGGCGUGCCGGCCCACCAGCAGGAGGUGCAAGAGCUGAAAUACAAGCUAAUUAAAACCAUUGAGGCAAUCAGCGAAAUUCUCCAGGACCUCAAGUACGAUUCGGAAGAAGCCGAGUGAUGGGUCUCCCCGUGGGAAUGGCCGGAGGAGGCGGGAAGCGCUGGAGGGGCCCAGCUGGGCGGAGCGCUGGGCUGCACUGCGGGGCUCUUGCUCACGUCGGGGUCUCGCUCCAUGGCGGGAUCCUUUCCCCAGCAAACCCCGGCCCUGGCACUCCUGCAAGAGACAUGUCCGGGGCCCUCUCUGCCAGGUGGGCAGCGGCCUUUGCAAGGGAGGAACAGCUCGACGCUGGGCUGUCCCAGCACGGGCAGGUUUGCGAAAGGGCUCCAUAGCCAGCAGCUCCCAGUGGGAACAAUGGGGAACCCCCUCCUGUGCUGAGUGCAAUGGAGAACCCCCCCACUGAGAGCAUCAGGAGCUUUGGGGGCUGAGCCCCCUUGACAAGCUUUCCCCUAGCGUCCAGUUUGGUGCCCGGGGGGGUGCCCUCGAGCCCGUCGGGCAGGGUCAGCGUGCAGCCUAGACAUGGCGCUGUCUGGCCGGCAGGGCUGAAUGCCUCCUCCCGCAGAGCCAGGGGCCCUUUGAGUACAGACAGCCAAACCUGCAGAGUUGGGGAGGGAUCUUCCAAGUGCCAAGGUGGCUGUGGGGGGUUGCUGUGCUCCUAAAUCCUCUGGGUGCUUGGGAAAGGCCCCCCCAGUGCAGCAAAGUGUUUUAACCACGGGCUGCAACCUCUUUCCAGUCAGUUUGUUUUAAGAAUGAAGCAGAGAACUCUGGCGUUAUGAAGGCCGGUGACGGUCUGUGGCGGGGUCUUGUCCUCGCUGACUGAGGCGGCUGCGCUUGUUUGUGGCUCAAUAAAAGGCAGGCGGGAGCUCAGAGUCCUGUCGCUGUCUCCUUCGCUCAGUGAGAUCCCACAGAUGCUGCUGCCAGCCCAGGCUGGUGGUGCCAGGGGCUGCCCAUCACCGUGCCCUGGAGGGCCAGGCUGAAUGGUGAGAGCGUCCCCUUUCGUACCCAAGCCCCUGGGGCACUCUGGCCACUGGCUGCUCUGGGAACUUGGUUUGUCUCCCCAUGAGCACUGUGCUGGGCCCCUCACAGCCCUGCCGCCUGGCGUGCCUGGGAACAGGCGAGGGGCACCUGCCCCAUGCCCCAGCCAGCUGAUCAGAUGCUGGGCCAGAGCCAAAGACAAGGUGGGCCAGGGGCAGGGCCAGUUCCUCCACACACUGUCCUGACCUGCACUCCAGCCCUGGGCUCCCCCCGCUCUGCCGAGGCCCCUUGUCAUAGGGGAGAUGA